AUGACUCCGAAUAUUCCCCGACAAGAAGAAUUUAUUGAUUCUCGAUAUCCCGAUGCUGAACGAAUCCUUGACCAGAUGGUUGAGAUUGCACCAGUGUUGAUUGAUCCCAAUGCCUCAAACGAAGACGUUCUGGAUGCAUGUGUUGCCAUCAGAGAAUUGAACCAACAGCUCAUGAACUUCGAUGAGCACCGAGCAUUUGCUCUGGAAUUUGAGCAAGUUUUGAUUCGAAUGGUAGUCCGGCUCGAAAGAGCAAUUGCCGCAGCGGAGGGAGAAGCCGGAAAUAUAAGUGUUGGUUUUGUAUGCUGGUACAGCAUAAAACAAUAG